UGCGCAGGACCGCCUAUUUAGCUGAAAAUUGUCAGCGACUCAGCCAAAGAUCCAAGUGGAACGUUGAAAAGAGGGCUGAUCUAGAGGACGCGCGCGAGAGACUCAAGUGAAGUUACGAGGUCACGAGAUCAGGACUCGUCCGCUCUGGGGUCUCGCUGAGCCAGCCUCAAAAAAGGGCGCGCGCCAUGGAGCAACGUUUAGCGGCGUUCCGGGCCUCCCGGAAGCGAGCCGAGCUGGAGGGAGGGUCCAGCGGCUCGGGGAGGAGUGGAAAAUCAUCGGGAGAAGACGUGACGGUGGCCUCUACGCCGUCUAGGGCAAAGGAGGCCCCGAACGCUAGUGCUAAGGAAACAUUUCAGACUCAAAGAAGCCCACUAGAGAAACCAACAGCUAUUUCUGCAUCGCGAUGGGACCAAUCCUUCCUCACUAAUGUUACGUUCUUGAAGGUGAUUCUUUGGCUGGUCUUACUGGGACUAUUUGUGGAACUGGAGUUUGGUCUAGUUUAUUUUGUUCUGUCCCUAUUCUAUUGGAUGUAUGUAGGCACCCGUGGCCCUGGAGAAAAGAAGAGGGGAGAAAAGAGUGCUUACUCUGUGUUCAACCCUGGCUGUGAAUCCAUCCAGGGAACCCUGACUGCAGAACAGUUUGAGCGGGAAUUACAAUUCCAGCCCCUGGGCAAUAGAUAGUCCUCAUUCUCCUCAGUUUUCUGUCACUUGGAUGCUGUUGGACUUAUACUAUCUAGCUACGGAGCCCUGGACUGGAAUUAAUAAGAUCCUCUAGAGACAGUCAGUUGUCCAUGAGAGUUGGCUUUUUGCUCUCUUCUCUGAAGUCUGUUCUCUUAUUUAUCCAUCCACCCUCCCUUUCCCAUGCCUACUGUUGUAGUACCAAUGUCUGAUUGCAUUUCCAUCUUUAAACUUUCUUUUUUUCUGAGAGUCACUAAAAUCCAGUGUUUCAAAUGGUCUGGUGUCAUUUCCAAAAAUUACACAUUCAAUAAAGAGGACUUCUUCCUAAUAUUGACACAGGCCAGUUUUAACAGAAGAGAAUGGGGGUUAUAUUGUCUAUUGAAAGUAUUUAACUAAUUCGAAGUAAUGGUUCAUUACUUCAUAUGAAAUGCCAUGUAUUAAAAGUAUUAGUCUGACAAAAUAUUCACAAUUUCAGCACUCCAAGAAUUAUAGGUAUCUUUAAAAAAUUUCAUCCUCAAAGAAAAGGUGAAAGUUACUUUUUGCUUUCUGUCUUUUGCUAUUCUAUUACUAAUGGUAUUGAAUUAUGUUACAGAAUGCUUUUUUUUCUUAAGGCAAACAGUUAAGUGACUUCCCCAGGGUCAUGCAGCUAGUGUCUGAGGCCAGAUUUGAACUCAGGUCUUCUAGACUCAAACCCUGGAGCUUUGUAACUGCCCUACUGUCACAGAACAUUACAGAUGGACAGGGCCGAAGGAAUUGUCUAGAUCAGUGAUUCUCAAAUUUAUUGACCUUAGGAUCCCUUUUACUAUCCUAAAAAUGAUUGAGGACCUACUAAAGAACUUUUGCUUAUGUGAAUUAUAUCUAUCAACAUUUACCAUAUUGGAAAUUAAAUUGCCUUACUAGAAUUCUGAAAAUAGCUUUGAUCUUAUGAACCCUCUGAAAGAAUCAGAUGUCAAACUUUGAGAAUUACAGGUCUAAUCAAACCUCUUUUUUUUUUUUUUAAUAAGGAAACUAAGGCCAAGAGAGGGAAGUUAUUUUUUUUCAGGGUCAUAUAGCUAGUCAAUAAUAGAUUGGAAACUAGAUCAAAUUUAAGACCAGUGUGCUUUCUGCUAUGUGGCACACUGUAUUUACAUCAUGGCCAAGUCACUUCCCCUUUUCAUACAUUGUAAAGAGAAGGGAAUAGGUGGUCUCUUUAGCAUUUACCCACCUCCCAAGCACAGGCCUCAGCCACCUGGAACCAUCUCUUCCCCAUCUUUCUGCCCUUCCCCUAUCACUUGGGGAAAUGAGGGAAAGAAGAAAGAGAAGUCCUGGUGGCAUGUGAUGGGGAAGAGUGGAAUCAUGUCAAUACUGGUAAAUUGUAUAAAGGGUUAUUAAAUUGUAGAGUGUGUGCAGAGGGUAACCCUGGAAGCAGCAUUCCAGAUUCACUGACCAUAUGGCCUAAGGGACUGUGAUCCAGACUCCUGGGCUAGUCCUGAUUUGCUGUUUGUUAUCUUUGGAACAAACAAUCACUUAUCUCUUUGCCUUCAUAAUACCAGUAAUAUUUUCUUUUUUUUAAACCUUUACCUUAUUUCUUAGAAUCACUACUGAGUAUUGAUUCCAAGGCAGAAGAGAGGCAAGAGCCAUGCAACUGGGGUUAAGUGACUUGCCAUAGAGUCAUAGAGCUAAGAAGGUCAUAUUUGAACCCAGGACUUCUCAUUUCCAGGCCUGUUUCUCUAUCCAUUGAGCCACCUAGCUACCCCUAAUGCUUUAUUUCAUGAUGGAAAUUACAAUGUCUUCUUUUGUAGUGCCUCCUCUUUUGCAGUGUUAGUUAUAACAUAACAGUCCAGUCUUUAUAUAUGGGAUUCUUACUAAGUAAAAGUUAAAAAUAAUUCCUUUUGGGGGGACAGAUUCCAAGUAAGAGGAAUCUGACUUCUUAUCAGUUGUCUCCAAAUUAUCUUACAAAUUCUUGUCUUACACAUUUUUAAUUUGUAAAAAUGAGGUGUUGGAUUAUAUCUGCCUUCCAGUUCUAAAUCGUAAGAUCUUGGUACAAAGUUAGAUACUUUUCCAAACCAAGGACUCAAGAAAUUAAAGAUGCCUUCAGUUUCUAGAUCCAAUAAUUAAAUCAUACUUCAAGGAUACCAGCUUUUAGUUGGGAAAAUCACAAUUUGAGGAGCUAGGGACAAAAAAAAGUCUUCUCUUGACCAACUCUAAAUUGCAGACUUAGCUAGAUGGUCAUCAUGUAAUACACAUUCAGUUCAUCACUAGGCUUUAUACAUGAAACCUUUAGAUUACGGUAGAUAUAGGUAUGGUCGGCUAGGUUAGCCUUUAAGGACUCAUGGCCACUUUCAUGACAAGAUGAGCCAUUGGAAUAGGACUUAAUGGAAGCAGCUGACUCAUACAGGAUGUAAAAGGGCUUUUCUUGGAAAUGUUAUUAUGUAACAUGGACCAGUUGUAAAUUUUCAUUUUUCAUUAUUAUUGCAUUUUAUUUGCUGCAAGAAAAUCUCAGUCAACGUUCUUAUUAAGAAAAGCAUUUUUCUGGUUAACUGCAUUUUCUGGGGAAUAACUUGAAGUCCCUCUUCAUAGCAAACCUUGUUGAAAAUCAUUUGUAAAAUGAAUUAGACCUCUUUUUUUGCCUCUAGUUUCCUUGUUAAAAUGCAGGAGCAAUACUAGACCUCCAAGACGUCACCUACUUUAACCUCGUAUUCCUCCAAGAUAUCUUAUAGGUAAAAUAUUUAUAUGUAUAUAUGUAUAUAUGGCUAAAGAGCCAUGCCCAACACCAGAGAUAUAAAAGACUAGGAAACAGAGAAGAAUAUGAACUAACUAGAAAUUAUUUUUUAAUUAAUUUGUCUAAAAAGGGGGUAUUGUUUAUGUGAUUUACCAUUUUUUCUUAAAAUAAAUAUAGGGAGUUCAGUGGAAGCUUGAAUGCUGGUAGGCAAUGUACUGUAUUUGAAAGUAAUUUUACCUGCAUUUAAAAAAAAUCCCUAACAUUUAAAAUAGUUACUAGCUCAUCGUUUUACAGAUGCAGAAACUGUGAUCCAGAGAGGCUGUGACUUAGUCACUGCUGGAGUUGGAGACGAUGUAAACCCAACCCAUUGGCUUCUGAGCUAGGGAUUCUUCACUAUAAUAUGCUAUGUCCUAAAUUACUAAACUAAAAAAAAUUUUUGUAAGAUAUUUUAUCAAUUACCUGUAAUAAAUUUCCACAUAAGCUUUCUGAAGUUGUAUGAUACAAAUUGUCUCCCUUCUCCUGCCCCUCCUGGAGCUGGCAAGCAAUUCAGUCUGGAUUGUACAUGUAUUAUCAUGCAAAACAUUUCCAUAUUGUUCAUUUUUCUAAGGGAAUAAUUAUAUGAAACCAAAACCUCCAAAUAAAAGCUCAAAUAAAUUAAAAUGAAAACUCA